UUCAGUCCUGCUGCUCGGACGGCCACGGACCUGCCCGCCGUCUCUCUCUCUCUCUCUGUCUGUCUCUCUCUCUCUCUGUGUCUCUCUCUCUCUGGGUGUCGGUGUCUCUCUGCCUCUCUCGGCCCGGACAUGGUCCCGGGGCUCCGGACAUGAGGCUCAGAAAUGUCUCCUUCCUGACGGUCUUAUUGUUCGGGCUGUGCGGGCUGGUCUCUCUGUCCUGGUACACCGCCUUCAGCAGCUCCAGAGGAGAUGUGGUGGACGUGUACCAGAGGGAGUUCCUGGCGCUGAGGGAGCGCCUGCACUCGGCGGAGCAGGAGAACCUGCGGCGCUCCAAGGAGCUGAACCUGGUCCUGGAGGAGAUCAAGAGAGCCAUCGCAGAGAAGCAGGCGCUCCGCGACAUCAACCGCACCUGGAGCAGCCUGUCAGAGGAGACCAGGCUGAAGCUGUGGAAUGUGAGCAGCAGUAAAAACGUGCUGCAGCUUCCCAGCAUCUUCCAUCAUCUUCCUCACCUGCUGAACCGAGAGGACAGUCUGCAGCCCGCUGUGCACCUGGGCCAGGGCCGCACCGGAGUCUCCAUAGUGAUGGGGGUUCCCAGUGUGAAGAGGGAGGUUCACUCCUACCUGACCGACACGCUCAGCUCUCUGAUGUCGGAGCUCAGCGCCGCCGAGAAAGACGACUGCGUCAUCGUCGUGCUCAUCGCCGAGGCUGACCAGCAGUACGCCAACGGUGUAGCAGACAACCUGAAGCGCCUUUUCCCAGCAGAGAUCCAGUCUGGUCUGCUGGAGGUCAUCUCUCCGUCCGUCCACUUCUACCCCGACUUCUCCCGCCUGCGAGAGUCUUUUGGAGACCCCAAAGAGAGAGUCAGGUGGCGGACCAAGCAGAACCUGGACUACUGCUUCCUGAUGAUGUACGCUCAGUCCAAAGGGACCUACUAUGUCCAGCUGGAGGAUGAUAUAGUCGCUCGUCCAAACUACUUCACCACCAUGAAGAACUUUGCUCUGCAGCAGCCGUCGGAGGAGUGGAUGAUCCUGGAGUUUUCUCAGCUCGGCUUCAUCGGGAAGAUGUUCAAGUCCUUGGACCUGUCGCUCAUCGUCGAGUUCAUGCUCAUGUUCUACAAAGACAAGCCCAUUGAUUGGCUGCUGGAUCACAUCAUGUGGGUCAAGGUGUGCAACCCAGAGAAGGACGCGAAACACUGUGACAGGCAGAAGGCCAACCUGAGGAUCCGUUUCAAACCGUCUCUCUUCCAACACGUCGGCACCCACUCCUCUCUGGCUGGAAAGAUCCAGAAACUCAAGGAUAAGGACUUUGGGAAACAGACCCUCCAUAAGGGUCACGCCAACCCGCUGGCCGAGGUGACGACCAGCCUGAAGACCUACCAGCACUUCACCCUGGAGAAGGCCUACCUGGGCGAGGACUUCUUCUGGGCCUUCACGCCCGUCGCCGGCGACUUCAUACGGAUACGAUUUUUCACCCCGGUCCGCAUCGAGAGGUAUUUCUUUCGCAGUGGGAACAUCGAGCAUCCAGGUGACAAGCUCUUCAACACGUCGGUGGAGGUUCUGCCGUUCGAUAACAUUCAGGCAGAGAAAGAGGCCUUGAGGGAAGGGAGGGAGAAAACUCCCAAAUACCAGCGGACAGAGGACGGCUUCAUCAGAAUAGGAAUGUUCCAGAAUGGGAUCGCUGAGGGCGAGGUCGACCCCACCUUUGGGCCCCUGGAGGCCUUUCGUCUCUCGGUGAUGACGGACUCGCCGGUCUGGGUGAUCCUCAGCGAGAUCUUCAUCAAGAAAGCAGAGUGAAGCUCAGCCCCCACCCCUUCAGCGUUACCUCAGCGCCUCUGAGCGUUCGGCCGAGCCAACCGGAGGUUUGACAGCAGCUGAGCGGACCUGCUCAGUAGUUCCCCACCACGGUGCCACAGCGCCGCCCUCUGGCCGGACCUCGCUACUGCAGGCUGAGCAGAGCAGACACUGAGGGUGAAAACAAGCAUCACCAGACAGAACAGGAAGCCUUCACAGACAGCUGACGCGCCUGGUACGCGCGGCACGACACGACACGCAAAAAAAAAAAGACUUUCAGACGACCUAAUACUUAGAAAUAAAAACCUUGUAUUUAUGUGUACAUAAGGUGUAUGUAGAAACACUGGUAAUUGUCAAAAGGCGGUGGCGAGAUUGCGCCUCGCCUCUUCUGAUGAUGAAAUCGCUGCUUUGGAAUCAAACCCUCGGCCUCUUUCUAUCUGCAGUCGGUCAGCCGGUCCGGACUUGUCCACAACAACAGUGACUCACCAGUAUACUCCCAUCAUAACCAUGUAUGUGGAUAUAUGCAUAGAAAUGUACACACUAUGGUAUGAAUGAGCUGUCAGUGUGUUGAUAUGUGUAUAUAGAGACACAGCAGCAGACUGGUGGAAACGAAGGCCGGCGUGAUGCCGAGGGCGCCGGCUCAUCUCCGCUCACAUCGUUUCCCUUCAUCAGCCAGCAACUUGCCUUAACGUGACGAGAGGAAGUCCAGUCUGAGGCUUCUGGAUCUGCUUCCUGUCUGGAUGCUGCACAUGGAAACGGGGCCCUUCGGAUACGACGGCAGAUUCAAUCAAAAUUUUAAAAAAUGAAAAAAAAAAAAAAAAAUGUAGCGAUGACCAACCGAUACCCAGAAUCCUAUGCUGCAACCUCUGACCUUCUUUUCACAUGUCAAAUCAUCAUGGCUUGAAACUACUGACGACGGAAGCUGGUAUUUUUUUAAACGAUUUACAAAAGUCUUUACUGUUGCUGAAUACAAAAUCAUUUAAAGUUUUGAUUUUUUUUUAUCUUAAUUUCUGUUAACUCUCUGAGGCCUUGUCACUGAUGACCACCAGGAUACUCAACUGUUCCCUACGCUACUGUAUUAUACUUUACUUUAAUGCGCUUUAAUGUGCUUUAUGGUACUCUAAAGCAGUGGUUUUUAAACUUUUCCAUGUUCUGGACCCUCAAGUUGAUUUUUAGUAAACCUUGGAUCCCCACUUGAUAUGAUUUUGCCCUUUAGGGACCCUGUAGGUUCCUAUUUUGCCCUGUGGGAUUUUGUUUGAAUUGAUUUUUAUUAUUAAUGGUCCAGUCUUUUGGCCAAUUUCACCUAAUUUCACUUUCAAGUUUGCUAGAUUUCUCUCAAAAAUCAAUGAGUAAAUUUGCAAGAAAUGACCUGAAAAUAAGCAAAAGAUCAGAAAAGAAAAUGACCAGAAAAUUAGCAACAAGGUUUUUUUUUUUAAAUGACCAGAAAAUGAUAUUGUUAAUAAGUCAAAAUGCUGUAUUUAUAGGUCAGAUCAGUGACACAGGUUCAGGUUUCUUUUAUUUAAAUGCUUUUGAAAGGUGUUUGAACGUCUUUCACAAGCAUUUAAAAUUGUCUUCGUUUUGCUGAGGCUCCUCUGGAGGACCCUCAAGGACCCCUGGGGGUCCCCAGACCCCUCUUUGAAAACCACUGCUCUAAAGUGCAUUAGUGUGCAGUUCUGUACUGUGGUGUAGUUUUACGGUCCUCUGUGGACUCCAGCCACGUUCACGCAGACAAUAAUUCAAUUCAACGUGCUUUAUUGGCAUGAGGUUUAAGAGGAAUAUUGCCAAGAGAUCACACUUUGUAUUGGUUUGUGGACUUUUUUUCUUCUUCUUCAGUCUUUGAUCAACACAUUUGGUGAUAAAUUCUCUCGCAGCUUUAAUUUUUCACUCCGGCAGCCAGCAGACGCUCCCUUCACUUUCCUCUGGCAGUUUGUCAGGAAGAGCGUCGCCUGGCCGCUGGAAACGUACAACAACAACAACAACACAGGUUCAAAAGCCAAGUGCUGAAUUGAGUUUGGCAACGCUGCUCACAUUGGCUUGUGAACGCAGCCCGACCGCUCCCACCAGUCCAGACCGGGAGGCAGACCGUCCCGAGCUGCCUAUCAGGAAACAUCCUGAGGUUUUUUCUUGGAAGAUGCACUGGAAUGCAUUGCUAUUAUCUUGUGUUGUCUUUUGUAUCCUUUAGAUAAACUAUAUUUAAUGAUGUUACCUUCUAUCCAAUCUGUGAAUUGUAAUAAAGCCAGAAAUUUGAAA